GGGCGGGGCGCGCGCGUCGGGAAGAUGGCGCAGCGUCUGCUGAGGAGGGCGGCGCGAGGAGCGGCGGCGGCGGCGGCGGCGGCGGCGGCGCUGCCUAGGCUGAAAGCGUCCCUGGCAGCUGAGGUGUCCAGGCUUGGAUGCAGUUCCUCACCCAGCCACAAGUACAUCCCCCGGAGGGCCGUGCUCUACGUACCUGGCAAUGAUGAAAAGAAGAUAAACAAGAUUCCCUCCCUGAAUGUAGACUGUGCAGUGCUCGACUGUGAGGAUGGUGUAGCUGUGAACAAAAAGGAUGAAGCUAGAUUGAGAAUAGUAAAAACUCUUGAAGACUUUGACCUGGGCCCAACUGAAAAGUGUGUGAGGAUCAACUCGGUGUCCAGCGGUCUGGCAGAAGAAGACCUGGAGGCCAUCCUGCAGUCUCGGGUCCUUCCUUCCAGCCUCAUGCUCCCGAAGGUCGAAGGUCCUGAAGAAAUCCAGUGGCUUUCAGACAAAUUUUCAUUCUACUUAAAAAACCGAAAACUUGAACAACCUAUGAAUUUAAUCCCUUUUGUGGAAACUGCAAUGGGUUUGCUCAGUUUUAAGGCAGUGUGUGAAGAAGCAGUAAAGAACGGGCCUCGAGUGGGUCUUUUUCUAGAUGCUGUAGUUUUUGGAGGAGAAGACUUUCGAGCCAGCAUAGGUGCAACAAGUAGUAAGGAAACCCAAGAUAUCCUCUACGCUCGACAAAAGAUUAUUGUUGUAGCAAAGGCCUUCGGUCUACAGGCCAUAGAUCUGGUGUACAUCGACUUCCGGGAUGAAGAGGGGCUCCUCAGGCAGUCGAGAGAAGGAGCUGCAAUGGGAUUUACGGGUAAGCAGGUGAUACACCCCAACCAAAUCGCGGUGGUCCAGGAGCAGUUUUCUCCUUCUGCUGAAAAAAUUAAGUGGGCUGAAGAACUGAUUGCUGCCUUUAAAGAACAUCAGCAAUUAGGAAAGGGAGCCUUUACUUUCCGAGGGAGUAUGAUCGACAUGCCAUUACUGAAGCAGGCCCAGAACAUUGUUACGCUUGCCACAUCCAUCAAGGAAAAAUGAUCUGCUAAAUGAAGCUCUCAUCAGUACUUGGAAGGCAGUUGAUGCUACGAAAGGGGCCCUCAGAGUAACAGCAGGAUCUUGUGCCUGCUAAUGCUGCGGACGGUCACCGAACCUUCUGUAACCGCAAAGCCCGAGCCCCAGGCUGGCGGACACUGUCCUCCCGGCGCGAGACCCAUCCCCGCGAGGUUUCCACGUUGCAACUUCGGGGGAAAGUAAUUGGCAGACUUCAGCAUUAAAAUGUUAAAACCUUA